CAUCGUGUCAUUUAGAAAAUAUUUGGGCAGUUUUUAAGAUUAGAUUUGUCCUUCUCUUAGUCAGUAAGAUGAAUCUCAGAUGCUCAUUGUGAAAAGCUGGUUCUUCAAUGAAUUGACGUCACUGUACCAUGUAAUAGCAACCCCUACUUUUAGAUUCCGAAUAUUUUCACCUCCUUCUGCAUGGGUAAGGUUGGUAAGGAGCAGGUACAACUGCAAGUGCUCCCAUUUGUGCAGGUUCCUAAUAUGUAUAGCCCAAAGCUAAGCUAACGCCCAGCUGCUAUCAUAUAGUCAGUUCAUAUGUCAUAUAGACAAUUUCACUAAAACAAAUGGCUUGAACCCUACCUUCUUUUUGUUAUCCACCGGUUCCCUAAAACGACGGAAAUAUAAUAUGUCAAGAUCCAUGAUUAGAUCCUGGUUUUUUUAUCUUGAGCAGAUAAAUCAGUGAAAAUUACUACAUAAGCAAUCAUUCUUGUUGUUGCAUUCUUCCUCAUUUUCAUCCAAGAAAUAAACCAGAAAGUAAACUGAACUGUGAAAUAUAAUAUAUUCAUGUAGCUGGAUUGCUUGCAAUGUGCUCUUUCUAAAUCUGUUUCAUUUAUGUAUCUCAUCACAGUAGUUUGCCUACCGUAGUCAACCCUUUUCUAUUUUUAAUAUCAUUCAAGUCUGUAUUCAGGUCAGCAUUAUUUUGUUUCAUGAAUUACGCACCAAGCAAGGUCUAAUUUCAACAUUUCUGAGAUCUACACCCUUACUAAAAUAUUGUUCACUAAUAAACACUUUGGUCAAGUUUAUGGGUGGAGAAAACCUGAGGAAAUCACAGCCCUUCAACAUGUACUAGAUGAACGUUUAGCCUUUAAAAAGCAGCAGGAUGCAACUUUGGCAACCACACUGGUUAGAGGCUGCAGUGAAACCACAGCUUUCAUGUAUUCAGGCAGGAGGUUGUGAUUGUGAUUAUGGAGGCUGGUGAGAAUGGUGAAGUGGCCAUGGACUCGUUAGACAGUUUCAUGGAUGUGGUGAUGAGCUACAAGUGUAAGCUGUGUGAAUUUACCAGUCCCCACCCCCAGGAUAUCGCCACACAUGUCAAGAGCAAGCACAUCCCAACCCCUGUCACAACGUCCUCUGACAUCCCCAUCUUCAAGCCUCGUCACCACUUCCCUCAGAAGAGCAGCGGUGUUCAGACCAUCAUGGUGCCAUCUACAGAUGGUGUGGAGGAGCAGAGUGAUAUAGAUCACAUGUCCACUCAGACGGACGUUCCCAUCGUGGACUGUCUGACAGGCGACACACAGCCCAAGGAGGAUGAGGUGUACAAUCUACAAAUACCAGUCAGUAACAGUGCUGAAGUGAAAGUUGGGAAUGGACCUAAUGACCUUGAGACUAGCCAGGCCACCAGUCAUAUCGAUGUGGAGAUAGGGGAAGAUGCUGUCAUAGGUGCACCUGCCAGCAAUACUGUCACCAGGGAACUGUUUUUAUGCGGCCAGUGCAGUUUGGGAUUCAACAAUGUAGAGGAAUGCAAGUUGCAUAUGUUACAUACGCACAACACAAUGCUUCCCACAGCAGAAUCCAGUGUUGUCCAGCGGGAAAAAGUCAGUGUGGGGACACAGGUGAAUCAGCGGAAAAAGCCUGGCCGCAAACCCAAGGGCUACCAUGAUGCACAACCUCCGCCGAAUGAACCCUCAUCAGAAGACGAGAGCAUGGUAGUUAUUGGGGGGACAAGAAGCAGGCCUCGCAGAAUCAAAACUCCGAAAGCACUGAAAACAGACUACCUCUUGGAACGGACAAAAGUGAGAACACGGGAGAUGGGCCUAUUAGAGGGUUACACAUUCAAAUGUCCUGAAACUGGCUGCUUUGCUCGGUUCAAAACCUCAGAAUGUCUUGAUCUGCAUGUUAAGUGCCAUCGACGCGGCGAGGAGGAAUACGGCUUCCAAUGUUGUGAAUGUAUGCUCAUCUUCACAAAGUGGAGAGAGUUACGGUUUCAUUUUUGGCGUGCUCACAAGAUUGACACAGAUCUACUGUCUUGCGAGGACUGCUCCUUUAAGACAGACACGAUGCACAAGCUGAAAACUCAUCGUGAAGUGCAUGGGGAGGAGAGACCUUACAAGUGCACCAUUUGUGACAAAGGCUUUAAACAGCUGGCACAAAUGCACAACCACAAAUCCAUCCACCAAGUGACCUCAGACUCAGAGAAGUGGUACUCCAGCAGACAGUGUGACAUUUGCAAACGCUCAUUUGCCAAUCAGAAAUGUCUGGCCAAACAUGUGCAGGCUGUGCACUGUAAGGUCAAACCAUUCGUGUGCUCCCUGUGUGGCUACUCCGCUUCACGGAAAGCUAUGAUCCAGCUUCAUAUGAGAACACAUACUGGGGAAAAACCGUUCAAGUGUGAUUUGUGUACAUAUGUGACAGGAGAUCAUAACUCGCUGAGGCGUCACCGAAUGAGACACACAGGCCACAAGCCCUACAAAUGUCAGUACUGUCCAUACGCCUGCAUACAAGCCAUAUCACUGAAGUGUCAUAUGAAGAACAAGCACCCAGGGCUGGCUGGGGUGUUUUUUUGUGAGUUGUGUCAGUACAGGACUGUUAGCAAGCAGAACUUUGUGAACCAUCAGAAGGAUCAUCAGAACGGCUUGUUACCCGUCACCUGUACGCUAGCAGACACACCGCCUGACGGAAGCGAGGAACAGGUGCUAACGAUCAGGACUGACCAACAGGUGGAGGUACAGGGGACGGAUGCCCAGAUCAGCGCCGAAGAUCUGGCUAAGCUGACGGCUAACUACGAAGGUCUUGUACCCUCUGACGUCAGCGCUGCGCAGCUUAUUUACUCUGCCCUUAAUGCUAUGUCACAGAACGUGCCCCCCACAUCCUCCCAGCAGAGCACCCACAUCCUGGAGGGUGUGCAGACAACAAUCUCUGCCGGGGCCGAGGAGGAUGGGGUAACCACACACACCAUCACCUUCCACCCUGGCCUCCCCCGAGGACCAGGCAGGGGCUGCAGGGGUGGAGUCCACAGGCCCCGUCCUUCUAGCCCCCUCCCUGCCUGUACAGCUCAUACAGACGUCCAAUGAUACCUGCUCACAGGUGAGCACUGUGUCCCUCCCCUACUGCUCAGAGACGCUCCAAACAGGGGACAUUAGCACAAUAACAGUUAGUGAGUCUGGGGUAGUACCAGCUGUUACCGAAACGACCCCGCAGUGACCAAUUUAACUGCCAAAAGUACCUGUCAGUAUUUCUGUAUUUAUACCAAGAACUACUUUCCUCUGAGUUCCUCCAUACAGGGACGCAUCACACAUUCCCUCCCCGAGACCCAACAGAAAGAGAAUAAUCAGGGCUCUGUCCUCCAGCUCAGUGUGCAGAAUGUUGAUGAGAGAGAAGAGUCAUCUGAAUGAGAGACUGUGCUAGUUUAAGUUAGUCCUAUUUACAGUGUAUUUUGGUACACUAUAAACCUGCUUGUAGGUAACAGUACUGUACAUGUGUGUAAAUCUUAAGUAUGCCUCAAGGACCUUUCACAAGCACACGCUACACAAUUUGAUAAGUCAUGCUGAGUGUGGCUCACUGCGUCAGUUGUAGAACUGCUGUACGAGUUCCGUUUUGCAACAGGUGUGACAGGUGAACAGACUAAGAAUAAAAGUUCCAUUAAAAUGUACAGCACUGGGAAUCUAAACUGCAUGUUUGUACGAGUAGAACAAGUUCAUGAACACGAUCUUAUCAAACAUGGGAAAUAUUGACGGUCCUUUUUUGUUUACCUGCUUUUAAUUAUAAACAACAUGCAUACAAAGAAAAAUGCCAUGAUGAAGAUUUAUGUACGGGCUAUAUUAUUAGUACAAGUAAUGAGGAUGUUGAAAGGUACACCAUGAAGCUUAGGGUGGACUUUAACAAAAUGGUUGAAGUCCCACGUGUGUUUCUUGUAGCUUUUCAG